AGUCAUGGAGGCAGAGCAGAUUAUGGAGGGACAGCCACAGGUUCCAGAAAAUCCCCAUGCUGAAUAUGGUCUCACUGAAAAUGUAGAGAGAAUAGUAGAAAAUGAGAAAAUAAAUGCAGAGAAAACAUCAAAGCAGAAGGUUGAUCUUCAGUCAUUGCCCACACGUGCCUACCUGGAUCAGACAGUUGUACCCAUCUUACUACAGGGACUUGCUGUUCUUGCAAAAGAAAGACCGCCAAAUCCUAUUGAAUAUCUAGCAGCAUUUCUUUUAAAAAACAAGUCACAGUUUGAGGACCGAAAUUGAUUCCAUAAAAAUGAGGACAAUUUGGCUGCUAUACUGAAAUGCUCAUUUGCCACAAUUCAUUUUCUGCUGUAAAAUUCCUUUGGAACCAUGAUGUUGUCUUUCUUAAACAUACUAUUUCCUUUACCUUUAGAUUUAUUUAAUAAAGAACACUUUAAAUUU